AAAGACAUGAACAAGACAUCUACCAAUCCCAAGAGUGCAACAAACUAACAUGCUAAAAACAAAACUAAUGCGGACAAAGGCUACACUAAAACUACUAGCUCAUAACACCACAAUUAACCAUAAGCCCAAACAAAGCCCACAAACCCAACAUAACCAAAACCCUAAAACAACCUAUGAGCCUGGACAAACCCUACCACCACCACCUGAAGAAGCGUUGUUGUGGCCACACUCACCACCGCAUCCGUAACAGAUUUGGGGAAAAUAUGAUUUCCAACGAUCUACCUACGCAUAAGAGCGAACAAAUAAACGAAAACAACAAUUUUGCCAAAGAACAAUUGGGUGAUUUGCAGCAAUCUCCAUCAAAGACGAUGUAAAAUCAAAUUUAGAGAACAUGAGCAGCGUUAGGAAGCGGGUUUUAGGAGCAGGAUUUGAUUGAGACUAAAAUGGGUGAUGAGGAACUUCAAUCUAACCAUGACUAAAAAAAAACCACCCCAAAGGUUUUUUUUUUUUUUUUUAGAACACCCCAGCUUGAGAAUUGAGAUGUAAAGCACUUGAGGUGUUGAAAACGCUUUACCAACAUUUUGGUAAAUGGAAAUGUCAUUGAGAAGUAAGUGAUGUCAUUGGGAAUCGCAAACUCAUAAGAUUGAAUUUCAUUUUCCUUUGGAGUGAGCAAUCCCAUUUCUCAAGGCACCCCCAGCAUAUUAAUUCAACCAUGAACACUAUUGGAAGCUGAUAAAUACCAAGCUUGCUCUCCAUGCACUCUUCCAAGCCCCAAAGCAAAAGAAGAAACAGACCAAAAAGGAGAGGGAAUUAAAAGGUUGGUAGAGUGAGAGACAUACAAUUGCACAAUACCCAAAAAGAAAAAUCCACUGAAACAGAGAAAUAUGAGAAGCAAGAAACUGAAAGUGUUUUGUAUUGUGGUGGCCUCAUUGGCCAUGGCAUCAAUGGCAACAAUGGAGGAUGAUGAGAAUGAAUGUGCAGAGCAGAUGGCAACCCUUGCAGCUUGCAUUCCAUUUGUGAGUGGCACAGCAAAGAAACCAACACCAGAGUGCUGUGAAAACACCAAGAAGGUGAAGGCCAACAAACCCAAGUGCUUAUGUGCUCUCAUCAAAGAGAGCACUGACCCUUCCAUGGGCCUCCCUGUCAAUACAACUUUGGCUCUCCAAAUGCCCUCAGCUUGCAACAUUGAUGGCAAAAUCUCUGAUUGCCCAAGUAUUCUGAAACUGCCACCAAAUUCCCCGGAUGCAAAGAUUUUUAAAGAGGCAGAUUCAAAUUCUACCACAUCCCCCACAACUGAUGGUCAUGAUCAUCAGUCUACACCCACUUCAGCGUCUACUUCUUCAUCCUCAUCUGUCUCAACAUCACCUUCUUCUUCUUCCUCCGGGUAUGAUUCAAAGCCAUCAGACUCAAAAGCAAAUCCAAGCAGUGGAGCAACAUUAAUGAAGUUAACUGGGACUACAUAUCUGUUGAUGAUGGUGGUUUCAAUGGCACUGAUGCUCAAUUGAUAAUUAGAGGGUGUGUAGGGAAAUUUAGACAAGUGGUUUGAUAUCAGCUGGCUCGUAACAGCUUGUUUCCAGUUGCGAUUUUAUAAUAGCUAAGUGACAACAAUAAGGUUGACAGGUUUUGCAGUAAAUUAAAAGUUGUAGAACUGCAAUUCACUUCACUUGGUGAAAUUGAAAUUUAUUG